GGGUUAUUUGGGGCACUGCAGACGUCAAAGUGUCGCGACGCAGAGCAAGCUGCCAUUCUACUGACACUGCUGCUGGUCUGCUGCUGACCUGCCCGUGACAGGGACGGUGCACGCAGGCGAGCCGUGCCGACGCGGCACGAUGAGCAGUAGUCUGAUGGCCGAGGACGAGUGCGAGGUCGAACUGCGUGACAUGGUGGCCGAGGCGCUGGAGAACAACGGCGUGCUGCCCAAGAUUCGCGCCCAGCUGCGCGCCAGUGUCUUCCUGGCGCUGGAUGAGACGGGCCGGCCGGGCGGCGACCAGGCUCGCUGCUUUGAGAACACGGCGCUGCAGCGGCUGGCGGCUGGCGCCGUCGGCCGCCGCUGCCUGGCGCUGGCGCGUGAGCUGCUGGUCUGUGCGCAGCUCGACUGCACGCUCUCAGUGCUGGACGCCGAGCUGGAGGGCGUGGCCGGCUGGCGCGAGGAGCGGCCGCGGCUGGCGGCAGCGCUCGGCCUGCAGCCGGCCGACGACCAGCCGGUGUUGGCGGCCCUGCUGGCCGACCGACCCGGCGACGCCGAGGACAGCAUCUCCGAGGAGAUCGACCCGGCGGCCGACUCGCUGGCGUCUGAGCCGCAGUCGGACGGGCUGACCGAGGACGUGUCCAUCACGUCGAUGGCCGACAUCAGAGCCGACGUCAUCGAGGGCAUGUAG